AUGGCACAAUCAUUGAGAAAAGCCCAAUUAUCACGUUCUUGCUACAUCAAGAGAUAUUUGUUGUUCUCCCAUGUGGUGCCAAUCACCCAGAGAAAUUCCUUAAGACCAAUUUAUCAAUUAGAGUUUACUUUCUACCAUAGUUUAGGAAAGUUCCGAGAGCCUGAUUUACGCUUUGAACUUUAUCAAAAGCCCACUAUCCAACAUUUAUGUACUAGUGUUCAACCAGAAAGGUUGUGCUGGGAAGGAUCUUCUCAUGAUGUUUUGCUUAAAAAGCUUGAGAUUGCUUUGAAGAAUUAUCAAGUGGAUGAAGCAUGGGACGCCUAUAAGGAUUUCAAAAGCCUAUAUGAUUUUCCUAGCCACUCUCUCAUGAAUAAGCUUAUGACUGUGUUGUCAUACUCCUCUGAGCCCAAAUGGCUUAAAAGGAUGUGCGAUUUAGUCGUUCUAAUUCGAAUAGAGAAGCCAAAUUUGCUUCCUCUGGAUUUAUUGAGGAAGCUCGCUAUUUCCUGA